CCUGCCACUGUCAUAGUCAUUGGUAUGGCUGGUUCUGGUAAAACAACCUUUCUCCAACGAUUGAACUCCCAUCUAUACUCCAAACACCUACCUCCUUAUGCCAUAAAUCUUGAUCCUGCUUGCUUAAAAGUCCCAUUCGGCUGCAAUAUUGAUAUAAGAGACUCUGUGAAUUAUAAAAAAGUAAUGCAGUCUUACAACCUAGGUCCAAAUGGUGCAAUUGUAACCUCUUUAAAUUUGUUCUCGACCAAAAUUGAUCAAGUUAUAGAUUUAAUCUCAAAAAAAUUAUCUCCUUCUCAAUUGAAUGAAAUCAAUCAAAACAAUAAUCAAAAUAAUAAUCAAAAUAAUAAUCAAAAUAGCACUGAAAACCUUAAACAUAUCAUCAUCGAUACUCCUGGUCAAAUAGAAUGCUUCAUUUGGUCUGCUUCUGGCUCAAUCAUAACUGAAUCUUUUGCCUCGACUUUUCCAACUGUUAUCGCCUACGUCGUCGACACCCCAAGAAACUCCUCCCCAACAACAUUCAUAUCAAACAUGCUUUACGCCUGCUCCAUCCUAUACAAAACAAAACUACCCAUGAUCAUAGUAUUCAACAAAACUGAUAUCCACGACUCGACCGAAAUCAUAAACUGGAUGACUGAUUUCGAUCUCUUCCAAUCUGCCCUCAACAACGCCUCCUCCAGUAAUGAAUCAACAACCUCUUCCGGCUACAUGAAUUCCCUCGUAAACUCAAUGUCCCUAAUGCUAGAGGAAUUCUACUCACAACUAGAUGUCGUAAGUGUCUCUUCAUACACAGGCAAAGGCUUUGACAACGUCCUAGCCGCAAUAGACAACAAAGUCACUGAAUUCAACCACUACUACAAAAAGGAGAGACAGCAAAUCAUCAAACAAAAGAAAAAAGAUGAUCUAUUAAAAAAGGAGAAAAACCUAUCAAACUUGAUUAAAGAUCUAGGCAUUAAUGAUAAUCACAAUCACAAUCAUAAACCUGAAAAAUCAAAAAUAAAUACUGACUCCGUAGACGUCUUAUCAGACUAUGAUAACUCAGAUAAUGAUGAAAACUCAGGCUGGGUAGAUCGUGAUGAUGAUGAACCUGAUUACUCUCCUUUAAACACCCAAUCCACAAAACUUGGUUCCCAAAAAUCUUUACAAAAAAGAUACCAAGAUGCCCUAAAUAACUCAAAUCAUUCCAACAACAAAAACCAAACUGAAAUUCUAAAUCAAAUGGCAAAUUACAUCUCCAAAACGCAAUAAAUAAAUAUCUUGAUAAAUUUUAUAUAAAUAAAAAAAAUUAAACAAAGAAAAAA